UCAAACAAACAAACGACACAAAUAACAAAAUUAAAGACGAGCACCAAUUUUGUUAAAAACAAUAUUUUAAAAGUCGCGAGCAGCAUACCUGCAGCAACAACAUAUUUACUUGCGGUACCAAGGCAUAUUAAACAGUGGUGAAAUUACAAAAAACCAAAAUAAAAAAUUAUUUUUCAAAAGUUGGUAAAUUAAAACAAUUAAACGAAAACGACAAAGAUUUAGCAUCAAAUAGUGCUCUUGUGGAAAAGAGAAAAAGUUUGAAAAUUGUGCAAAUUAAAACUACAAAAUUUAAAACGAUACAAUUGUGAGAUUGUGAGCAACAAAUUUUUUAAGCGUUGCGAGCAGCAUACCUGCAACAGCAACAAAUUCUAAUCGUUGCGAGCAGCAUACCUGCAACAGCAACAAAAUUUUAGACGUUGCGAGCAGCAGACCUGCAACAACAACACAUUUUCAAGCGUUGCGACCGCCAGCAGUAUACCUGCACUUAACGGAGAAGCGGUGCAAACGCCCUACUGGAGCAUCAAAGGCGUAAGCGGUGCGACCCCAGCACUACCAACAAUUUCACUACAAACCGGACAUAACCCCUACCCGAAGAGGCGGAACGGAAAAUUAAUACGACCGGCUAAGUAAAAACACCCAUGGCUGAGUCACGAAAGGAUUCCCCCAAGUGCCGACUGUGUGGCCGACUCCACCCGCUGCGCUUGUGUACCGCUUUCCGCGCUAUGGAUGCCCACGACCGCUAUGAGUGUGCACGCUUGCACAAAUAUUGUGUGAACUGUUUGGCGACUUCACACUCCACCGGAGCCUGCGAUUCCGAGGACAGCUGCCAUCGAUGUGGCUUAGGGCACCACACCCUACUCCAUAGAGAGAAGCGGGGCACCACGCGCCAGAAGAAGGGAAGUGUUAGGGCCGAGCUACACAGCCGUUCUGCUCAGCAACGGGCUCGGAGGUUGCGGCGACUGAUUGCUGAAGCCCGAAACAUCAUGGACAAACUCGAAAGGGAGCUGCUGCACUUGGCACCGAGGCAGGCGGGGCGCCAUGUUGGAGACAUGAGCCCUUAACCCUUUGAUUCGUGCCCA